AUGGCAGCUGAGAACAGCGAUGCUUUGGAUAGAAGUUGUGCUGAGUUAUGGAAAAUAAUUGGUACUGUAUUGGUGCGGUGCAUGUCAAGCUUACCUGUGUGGAACUUCUUCGUGCUUCUGAGCCAAGUGCAGUUGAAGUAUGGCCCUUUUCUUGUAAAUCCUCAAAUUAUUAGGCAACAAAGAGGUCUUCUCCAAGAAUAUGUGCAAUCAUUGUUGGGUGAGGGGAUUAUAAAUGACCAAUUUGCUUCUGUUCAGACUUUGAAAAGCGCCGAUGAACCUGAUGCCAUUAUAAAACUGAUCACUUCAUAUUUUGUAGAUGUGGAAGCAGUAUUAUCCGAGCUCACGAGAUCGAUUGACUCUUCUGAGGCUGAUUUUGACCAGUUGGCCGCCCAAGCUAAUACCAUCAAGGAGAAAAGCUUGUGCAUAGGUGCUGAGCAUAUGAAACUCGCAUGUGAGAAUCUCAUCCGUGCCUGUGAAGAAAAACAGGGGCGAAAGUUCUCUCAGGCACUUGAUUGGAUGAAAUUAGAAUUUGCUCAAACUCAGGAUAAGUUGGAUGCAGUUGUUCAGAUGCAGAUGGAGAAGAGGAUUCUCAGACUUGGAAGCAAAGGGCCCAAGUAAGCUUGUUCCUGGUAUUUGCUUGUUCUGUUUAUUGCAUUGAAUGGCUUGGCAUCUGCUGCACAUAGAUUGAUAUCUUCAAUCAUGAACGUAAAAGUUGUAGCUUCUUUGUCUGUAGCUUUUUCCGUAAAUUUGCAGCAAACUAACUUUAUGCUGCUGCUAGGACUCUU